AUGGCUUCAUCUCCUAGGGCUUCUUGUGGCGAUAUGCACUGCACGUUCCUGCUGCAUGCCCCCACGGCGGCCGGCGGUGGCUGGAACGACGAUCCCACCGCCGGGUUCGAGAAGGUGGAGCUCUCCGACAGCGACUUCGUGGUGCAGAGCCCCUACAACGUGCCGGAGAGCCAGCGGUUCCAGUACCGGAACGGCGUCCGGACGUUCUGGGUGUACCGGAACGACAAGCCCUUCAACACCGCCACCCACACCAACCCCCGCUCCGAAGUGAUGAUCAGGGGCCACGACUACUCGUCGGGGGUGUGGCAGUUUGAGGGCUACGGCUACGUGCCAUCAGGGACCUCCGGCGUGUCGGUGAUGCAGAUCCACAACGAGGAGGGCGCGGCGCACGCCACGGUGCUCAUGCUCCACGUCUACGACGGCGUCCUGCGCUUCUACGACGGCGCCGCCGUGGAGGCUGACAUCUACGACCGCUGGUUCCGCCUCAACGUGGUGCACGACGUCGCCGCCUCGACGGUGGCCGUCUACGUCGACGGCCGCCGCAAGUUCGGCACCAGCGUCAUCCCCAGCAACUCCUACUACUUCAAGUUUGGGGUGUAUAUGCAGCACCAGGACCAGUCCAGCUGCAUGGAGUCGCGAUGGACUAACGUCACGCUCUACACUAAGAACUAG